AUGACGGACAUCAGCAACUCGAAGGCCCAAAGCAAAGCCGAGAAGAAGGCCAAGAAAGCCGCACGCAAAGCUUCUAAGGCUAAAAAUUCUGCGGCAGAUUUGUCUAAAAAGGAAAAGAAGCGAAAGCGCUCCCAUGAGGAAAUCGACACGACCGUAGAAAGCCAGAAGAAGCUCAAAAAGCAACAAAAGAAAGAUCAGAAAGCCAAGAAACACAACAAAAGUGAAGACAAAAGUAUUGAAAGUGAUGAUAAAGUUACAAUGCGUAGCACAGACUUUUCCAGUGGUCCGCACCAGCAGUCUGCAGCAAAGGACGGCAGCUUUAAGAAAUCCUUUUAUACAGAAGGCAAAAACACAGCUAAGAUGACUGACAAUGAAGUCUCUGCAUUUCAUGAGGCCAACCAAAUGAUACUUAGUGGAAAUAACUGUCUUUACCGCCCCGUUUUGAGUUUUGAUGACGUUACUUUUGAGUCCAAGUUUAUGAAGACAACGAAGGAUUUUGACAAGCCCACACCUAUUCAGAGCCAAUGUUGGCCUAUUCUUGCGUCGGGCCGCGACAUUAUUGGUAUUGCUGAGACUGGAUCUGGCAAAACAUUGGCGUUUGCCAUUCCAGGUCUCAUCCAUAUUGCUGCUCAACCCGAAGUGUCGCAUAAGCAUCCAGGUCCACGUAUGCUCGUUGUAGCUCCAACGCGUGAGCUGGCAAUGCAGAGUUCGGCCGUGAUCUCUGAGGCUGGUAAAAAUUGCGGACUGAAAAGUAUCUGUAUAUACGGUGGUGUACCCAAGCAGGCCCAGAAAAAAGCUUUGCGUGACGGUAUACACGUGGUGGUGGCCACACCAGGUCGUCUAAGGGACCUGCUAGAGGAACGUUCCUGCAACUUGUCAAAAGUUACAUAUGUGGUACUUGAUGAAGCCGAUCGUAUGCUGGACGAGGGUUUUGAAAAAGACAUUCGUGCGAUCAUUGGCAGCACGCAUCCUGAGCGUCAAAUUGCCAUGUUCAGCGCAACGUGGCCGCAAUCAAUCCAGAAGCUUGCCCAUGAGUUUCUGAACGACCCUGUGAAGGUGACAAUUGGCUCAGAUGAGCUUGCGGCCAGUCACAAUGUAACUCAGAUUGUUGAGGUCAUUGACGACCGCGCACGUGAUGCUCGUGCUCACGCUCUGCUACAAAAGUAUCAUUCGAGUCGCAAAAACCGUAUUCUUUUGUUCGUGCUGUACAAGAAGGAGGCCGAUCGAGUCGAGCGUAUGCUUCAUCAGCGGGGAUGGCACUGUGUAGCUAUACACGGAGAUCGAACCCAACAACAACGUUCCGAGGCUGUUGAGCAGUUUAAAUCUGGCGAGGUGCCUUUGUUGAUCGCGACAGAUGUUGCUGCGCGCGGUCUGGAUAUACCUGGUGUUGAAUACGUCAUUAAUUACUCGUUUCCGCUGACGAUUGAGGAUUAUGUGCAUCGAAUUGGUCGGACAGGUCGAGGUGGCAAAAAGGGUACUGCACACACGUUCUUUACCGCAAACGACAAGCCUCGCGCUGGCGAGCUUGUUAAUCUGUUGCGUGAGGGUAAGCAGGAAGUACCAAAGGAUCUUACUAAGUUCGGUACACACGUCAAGAAGAAAGAGCACAAGCUGUACGGCGCUUUUGCCAAGAACAUUGAUGCUGCUAAAAAGGCCACAAAGAUCACUUUUGACAGCGACAACGAGUAG